GAUUUCGUGCUGGUGUCCCUGGGAGCUGUGAUUUCGUUCUGGUGACACCGCGUCCUGUCCUGGUGUCGCUGGGAGCUGAAGUCCGGGAGCACGGGAGGCGCUGGGAGCUGCGGGGCAGAGUUCACUGGGGGCACUGGGCAGUCGUGACUGGGAGCUGGGAGGGCACAGAGGGAACCUUGGAGCUGGGAGGGCCCUGGCAGCUUGGGAGGGGCACCGGGAGCUUCUGGGGAGCACCGGGAGCUUCUGGGGAGCACCGGGAGCGUCUGGGGAGCACCGGGAGCGGCGUGGGCUCGGCUGCGGCUGCAUGGGGGGGAUGCUGGCGCUGCCCCCGGGGCAGGGACCCCACCAGGGGCUCCUCCUCCGCCUCUUCUACCCGUGCCUGCCCCGGGCAGGGGCCACGGAGCCGCUCUGGGUGCCGCGCCCCGAGUACUGUGGGGGCCUGGCCGAUGUCACCCUGGGUCGCCGCUGGUGCUCCCCGCUGCUCGGCAUCGCCAUCGGCUCCUGCAAAGUCCCGGUCAGCUGGAACGGGCCCCUCAAGCCCCGCAGCAGUGGGUACCCCCUGAUCAUCUUCUCCCACGGCCUGGGAGCCUUUCGGACCUUGUACUCCUCCAUCUGCACAGAGCUGGCGUCCUGGGGCUUCGUGGUGGCAGCGCUGGAGCACAGGGACCACUCUGCUGCCACCACCUAUUGGUGCCCGGCAGAGGCAGGGGCGGAGGAGUGGCUCCCCUUCCAGCGGGUGCCCCGAGGGCAGAAGGAGUUUUAUUUCCGAAACAAGCAGGUUCACCAGAGAGCGCAGGAGUGCGUGCGGGCGCUGCGGCUCUUCCAGGGCAUCGCCGGCGGCACGUCUGUCCCCAGCGUCCUCCCCCAGGACUGGGAUCUCUCCGUGCUGAAGGACAAUCUUGAUGUGACCAAAGUGGCCGUCAUGGGCCAUUCCUUCGGGGGGGUGACAGCGGUGCUGGCCCUGGUGAAGGAGCCCCGCUUCAGGUGUGCCGUGGCUCUGGAUGCCUGGAUGUUCCCUCUGGAGCACCUGCUGUACCCGGAGGUGCCCAGCCCCGUGCUCUUCAUCAACUCCGAGCGGUUCCAGACUCCGGAGAGCGUCGCCAAAAUGAAGAGCUUGAGCUCCAGGAACAGCCAGACCAGGAUUGUGACCGUGCUGGGAACCGUGCACGAGGACCAGACCAACUUUGCCUUCCUCUCUGGGAAGCUCUUCAGCCUCAUCUUCGGCAGGAGGGGCACCCUGGGGCCCCACAAGGCUCUGGCCAUCACCAGCCGGGCAGCUCUGGCCUUCCUGCAGAGGCACCUGGAGCUGCAGGAGCAGUUUGGACAGUGGGACGAGCUCCUGGAAGGUGUUGGGGACUCGGUGGCUCCGGGUGCACCGUUCAGCCGCUCUCACCUGGGAAUCCGAUCCUCAGCCAUCCCGGGAAGGGCUGGAGCCGCGGGAGCUGCAGGGAUUUGUCCUGUGCCGGGAGAGGAGCGGGAUGCUGGGCACGGAGCCGCCGCUGCGUCUGUCCCCAUUGUCCCCGCCGCCAUCCCGGGGAGGAGCUGCGGGCGACAGCGGGGACAGAGCGGCGGCAGAGCCCGUUCUGGGGGAGGAGGGGGUGGGAAGCAGCGCCAGUGCCGGAGGUGUUCGUGUCACCUCACGGCAGCGUCCUCACCUGCCUGGCGCUGCGGGAAGGACGAGCUGGGGAUGCUCCGGGGUGAGCUGGGGAAGGCGCAGCACGGGGGACAUCCCUCAGGAGAGGGGACAUCCCGCAGCACAGGGGACAUCCCUCAGCGCAGGGGACAUCCCGCAGCACAGGGGACAUCCCGCAGCACUGGGGACAUCCCGCAGCACAGGGGACAUCCUGAGCUGGCUCCACAUCCUCUUUCAAUGUCUCCUCCCCUCCCCAGCGACCCACAAAGGGCCGGUGUGAAUAAACGCGCAGGAUUUUGCCGCUUUGGAGCCUUCCAGGGAUGAAUUUUCCAGUGUUUUGCACCCGAAGCAGCGCUCCUGGCCCUGGGCUCAGGCCGGGGUGUGGCGGCCCGCGGGGACGGGGCUGUGCUGGGGUGCCCGGGGGACGUUCAGUGUCGCUGGAUGUGACAAAUCCCGCGGCUGCGCCCGCCAGGUGCCGGCUGAGCAGUGAGAGGCGGUGGCAGAAAUCAAAUCCCGUUUUCCUGCCGGAAUGGCUCCGACGCUGGGAAUUCUGCAGGGCUCUUAUGUAAAGGCGUU